CAUUCCCCUUUCCUCUUCUUGCUUACACAAAAGUCAACGGCCUUCUUCCUAUCUCUCUCUCUCUCUCUCUCUGUGUCUCCCUUCAAUCUCUUUCUCCUACUUGACCUCUUCUUCUUGGCCUCUUCUUCUUCCUCCUCUGUUUCUGAAUCUAUCCGCCAUGGGGAUGGAUGAUUAACACUCUGUGAUUCCGCUUUUUUUCUCAAAGUUGAGAUCUUUUCAGCUUGGUUCAUCAGUUGGCGAAUUCCCAAUUCUUGCUCUGCUUCUUUAUUUCUAAUUUUUUUUUUUUGUGGGGGUGUUCUUUGAUGGGAAACGGUAUCGGCAAGCUGACGGUCUGUUUCACGGGAGGCGGUGGUGGAGAGGCCCGCCGCCGGCACGACAUAUCCCUUCUGAUAUCCGACCCGCUCGACGAAGGCCUGGGCCACUCCUUCUGCUACGUCCGGCCCGACCCGGCCCGCCUCUCCUCCUCCAAGGUCCACAACUCCGAGGAGGCCACCACGUUCCGUACAAUCUCCGGCGCCUCCAUCAGCGCCAACACUUCCACCCCGCUCUCCACGGCCUUCAUCGAUCCCUACGUCUACAACUCCGUCGACAGGGCCGCCGCCUUCGAGAGCUCCACUUGCUUCGCCUCGAUUCCCCUCCAGCCAAUCCCUAGAAACCUACUCGGUACCUCCGUCUAUUCGGGUCCCCUCCCGGGCCUAAUCGUGCCCGGGUCCGGCCCGCUCGAGCGGGGCUUCCUAUCGGGUCCCAUCGAGAGGGGUUUCACGUCGGGUCCGCUGGAUCGGGCGGGCUUGUUCUCGGGUCCCAUGGAGGAGAAAUUGGUCCCGGAUUCGGAUCAGUUCCAGCGCAGCUUCUCCCACGGCGGGUUCGCCUUCCGUCGCCGAUCGGGGAAGCGAUCGCUGAUUCGGGUCCUGCAGCGGGCGAUAUCGAAGACCAUAUCCCGCGGCCAGAGCUCGAUCGUCGCCCCGAUUAAAAACGGCGUCCUCAAAGAACCCGAUUGGAUUCUCGCCUCGGAGAAGCAGCACAAUGAGAAUCUGACGGUCAGUAGCAUCAACAAUCUGAGCAGCGACGGCAGUUUGGAGGACGAGGAUUCAUUGGAAGGGCAGCAGAAUCUGCAGUGGGCGCAGGGGAAAGCAGGGGAGGAUCGGGUACACGUCGUCGUUUCGGACGAGCACGGGUGGGUCUUCGUCGGGAUUUACGAUGGGUUCAGCGGCCCCGACGCGCCGGAUUUCCUGCUCUCCAACUUGUACUCCGCCGUCCAUAAAGAGCUCAAAGGUUUGUUGUGGGAUGAUGAUAAGCCGGAGCCUGUAAAUGAUGAUGAUGAUGAUGAUGAUAACAAUGAUCUCCCUGCCCCUGCAUCUUCCCCUGUUUCGUCGGGGAGCGGUAAUUCCACAGAAAGCUGUGAAUUGAGGCAAGAGAGGGUUGGAUGCGAGAGUAACUGUGGUAUCGAUGAUGAGUGUGCGCAGUGUGUGGAGCAGGAGAAUCAUCCGUGUGUGAGUAAAGUUGUGAGCUUUGAUUCGAACUUCAAGAGGAAAAGAGGUAAGAACUCGAGAGGGAAGUACAGAGGAGCUUCGAAGAAAUGGGAGGAAAAUCAGAGGAGGUGGAAGUGCGAGUGGGACAAGGAGAGGUUGGAGCUCGACAGGAGACUCAAGGAGCAACUGAAUCAGUCGAAGUCAGAUUCAGACAGGGCAAUAAACCAUGCUGAUGUGCUGAAAGCGCUGUCUCAGGCUUUGAGGAAGACCGAGGAAUCGUAUCUUGAUAUAACAGAUAAGAUGCUUAUGGAGAAUCCCGAGCUGGCUUUAAUGGGUUCUUGUGUGCUUGUGAUGCUGAUGAAGGGAGAAGAUGUCUAUGUGUUGAAUGUGGGGGAUAGUCGAGCUGUGUUGGCCCAGAAGGCCGAGCCUGAUUACGGACUAGGACGGGUUAGGCAGGAUUUGGAGAGGAUCAAUGAGGAAACUUUGUAUGAUAUUGAAGCCUCGGAUGAGGAAAGAUCGACUGCCAUGUCUAGUUUGACUGCUGUUCAGCUUACCAUUGAUCAUAGCACCAGUGCAGAAGAGGAAGUUCGAAGAAUAAGAAGUGAGCAUCCAGAUGAUGCUUGUGCCUUGGUGAAUGACCGUGUUAAAGGUUCACUCAAGGUCACUCGGGCAUUUGGUGCUGGUUUCUUGAAGCAGGCUAAAUGGAACAAUGCGCUUCUGGAGAUGUUCAGAAUCGACUAUAUUGGCAAUUCUCCAUACAUAAACUGUGUACCAUCCCUCUACCACCAUAGAUUGGGACCAAAGGACAGGUUUUUGAUACUAUGCUCAGACGGCCUCUAUCAGUACUUAACCAACGAGGAGGCAGUUUCCGAGGUCGAACACUUCAUCGCAUUGCAGCCUGAUGGGGAUCCAGCUCAACAUCUAGUUGAAGAAGUGAUGUUCCGCGCAGCCAAGAAAGCUGGUAUGGAUUUCCACGAGUUGCUAGAAAUUCCACAAGGCGAUCGGAGGAGAUACCACGACGACGUCUCCAUCAUUGUUAUUUCAUUAGAGGGAAGGAUAUGGAGAUCUUUUGUAUAAGAGUAGCGAAUGAACAGAAAACCCACAGAUGAUAGAACUGAUAUAGAGAGAGAAAUCUGAAAAGAAAACAAAACAAAAAAAGAAGAAAUGUCAGGCAUUUCCCUUUUGCGAUUCUUAAAUUUUUUUUUUCCCCUUCUUUUGUUUGUCCCUGAAUCACCUCUUGUGAUGAAGAUCUUAGUUGUGCAAGAUCAGCAGUUUAGGUGGUGGAGGGGGGAUCUUGUAAAGUCUGUAAAAGCUGGUUCAGAUUAUAUAUAAAAACAAAUGGCCAUAGGAAGCAGAGGAACUGUAAUUUUCUACAAAUAAAAUGACACCUCCUUU